UGGAAUCCUGAGGAGAGAAGACUCUGGUGAAGAGAGCAGUGAAGGUCUCUCCGUCAAGAAAUUGAAGAGAGAAGGUGGAAAAAAGGCUUUCUCCUGAAGGUUACCCAUUUUUCCUGCUGGUGACUGGAAAUCUUUUCCCCCAACACUUCCCAAUUGAAAGGACUUUCUGAAGAGAAACCUGAGCAGACUUUACCUCAACUCCUGUUGCCCAGGGUGUCAUUUCCAAAGCCAAGUGAAGGAGGCUGGGAAAAACUGCACUGGAGUUGUUCUGAAAUCCACGCUGUUGUUCCUUCUGGACUCCAGAGGUUACACCCAAGAUCACAAUAAUCUCUCUUGCUGACAGAAAAUUAACGGGUUCCCCUGGAUUCAUUCACUGCUCAGCUUCUCAGCAGUUUCCUUGGAAAGAUGAGGAACUGAGUCAAAGAGGGUUACGUGAUUUGCCCGGGAUCAUACAGCUAGCAGCAAACUAUCAUGGAAGAGAUUGAAUAUGUCUUUGAUGAAUUCGAGAAUUACACCUAUGCCUCUGAAUAUUUCCAACAGGAAUUGGAAUUGGAAGAGAGGUCUCGCCUGGGACCUGCGCAGUGGAUUUCUCUUGUAUUAUAUAGCCUAGCGUUUGUGCUUGGGGUGCCAGGAAACGCCAUUGUCAUCUGGUUCACCGGGUUUAAAUGGGAAAAGACAGUUGCCACUCUCUGGUUCCUCAAUCUGGCCGUUGCAGAUUUCGUCUUUCUUCUCUUCCUGCCUCUUUAUAUCUCCUACGUGGCCAUGAAUUUCCACUGGCCCUUUGGCACCUGGUUGUGUAAAGCCAACUCCUUCAUCGCUUUGCUGAACAUGUUUGCCAGCGUGUUCUUCCUAACGGUGAUCAGCCUGGACCGUUACGUUCAUCUGAUCCACCCCGUCUUCUCUCAGCGCCACCGGACCCUGAAGAACGCCCUCUGUGCCAUUGGCAUCAUCUGGCUGGUGGCCGGUCUGAUCGCCGGCCCUGCCCUGUACUUCCGAGAAACCCUGGAGCACAACAACCACACCAUCUGCUACAACAAUUUCCACCAGAGUGACGACAGCAUUGUUUUAAUGAGGCAUCACGCUCUGACCUGGAUAAAAUUUGUGUUGGGUUACCUGCUUCCCCUGCUCACCAUGAUCAUCUGUUACUCGCUUCUUGCCCUCCAGGUGAAGAGACGAGCCGCCCUGACCUCCAGCAGGCACUUCUGGACCAUCCUGGCCGUGGUGCUGGCCUUCAUCAUUUGUUGGACCCCCUUCCACCUCUUUAGCAUUUGGGAGCUGUCCAUUCACCACAGCAGCGCCUACCACCACGUGCUUCAGGCCGGACUCCCCAUCUCUACCGGGCUGGCCUUCUUCAACAGCUGCCUGAACCCUCUUCUUUAUGUCUUGAUUAGUAAGAAGUUCCAGGCUCGCUUCCAGGCCUCUGUUGCUGAACUUUUAAAGCAUACCUUGCGGGAGGUCAGCUGGUCAGGGACAGUGAGUGAACAGUAUAAACACUCAGAGACCAAGAACUUGUGCCUCCUAGAAAUAAUGCAGUGAGAAGAUGACCAAAAUUGAAGAUAAAAUAACAAACCUAAAUAAAAAAAAAAAAACUGAGCAUAGCACGACACACCAGAGGGCCAUUUUUCUUUCCUUUGUUUUAAAAAAUCUCUUACUUCUGUCUUAAAAUUGGUAGUAAGUAUUGGUUCCAAGGCAGAAGUCAGUUCCAAGGCAGAUACAAGUCAGAUUAAACAACUAGGAAAUGUCUGAGGUCAAGUUAGAACUCAGCACCUCCUAUCUCCAGACCAGACUUUCCAUCCACUGAGCCACCUUGACUAAGGCAGCUCUAAUUCAGGGCUGUCACUGAUAGGGGAAGAAAUUUAUUUAAUUUGAUUCUUAUACUUUAUACUAUCCUGACAGACUCUGAUGCUGAAGUCCUUUAUUAUUUUCUUCAAAUAACUUAAAAAUUCCUGGAGCUUAUUACUAAAGAUAAGAUGGAUUCUUUCAAAGAAUACUAAAGUAUAUGCUGCUUUUAACAUUCAUUUUCCUCUUUGCAGAUAGCUUAUAGCUGUAUUCACAAUGUCACAAAUAGGUAUAUACUUCAUUUUAUAUAAUCCAAGAAUACAUAUUUCUGCAUUUUGCUAGAAAACAUAUGCCAUAUUCAUUUCAAGUAUAUUACUACAAAUAUAAAUAGAUCCUCAAAAACUGGUAUUAUGUGCAUGUGUGUGCAUAUGUGUUAAAAUAUCACAAAAUAAUCCAGAGGAAGAACUGUAGGAGUAGAAACACAGAAGUAAAACAACUGCUUGAUCACAUGGGUUGAAGGGGAUUUUAUUAGGGAUGUAGACUCUAAACGAUCAUCCCAGUACAAAUAUCAAUAAUCUGGGAAUAGGCCUUGAUCAAUGACACAUGUAAAACCCAGUGAAAUUUCAUGUUGGCUAUGGGAGUUGGGUGGGAGGAGGGGAGAGAAAGAACAUGAAUCACAUAACCAUGGAGAAAUAUUCUAAAUUAAUUAAAUUUAAAUUUUUUAAGACUAAAAAAAUCACAAAAUAAAUGAAGGAAUAAAUAAAUAAAAUUAAAAAGAAAAAAGGAUAUCACAAACCCAUGAGAAUGACAUCUAAGCAGGCAAUCAAAUUGGCCAAAAGAUAGUGGGAAAAGUAUAGAAUUUUGAGCUGAAAGACCUGAGACUGAAUAUUGACUUUGAUCUUUACCAAUUUCACAGCCUUGGAUAAGUUAUUUAACCAUUCUGAGCCUCAGUUUCUUAUCUGCAAAACAAGCAAGUUUUCAUACAAGAUGAACUGUAAGAUUCCUUCUAACUGAAUCCUAUGAACGUUUAAAUUCAUAAAAUGAAGGCUUUGGCAAUACAUUAACUUCAUUCCACUAUUCCUCCAUAUUGUGAUUUUUUUUAAAAGUCUAAGUACUAAUACAUGAGAUUUAUCUCAAAUAAAUAAAACCAAUUCAGUUCAACAAAGUAUGUGCCCACUCAUACAGGCCAUCUUGCUAGGUACUGGGUAGAUAAAGACAAAAACAAACCAACAAAAAUAAUAAAAAUUUCUGCUUUCAGGGAGCUUACAUUCCACUGGAAUGAUACUUGUUCACAAGUAAAUACAGGCAUACCCCAAGCCUCAAAGCACUUUUACGUAGGGCUCUCCAAUUUGGUGAAAACUGAUUAUUCAAUGUUCCCACCUGUCCAGUGAUGGAGUUGAUAUGAGCUAGAAAGAACUGAAAUCCUGGUCUUCUGGCUUCUAACUUCCUGAGAGAAGUCGUGCCAUUCCAGAUUCUCUUAAGAUCAUUGAAGAAAGAAAGACCUGGGAAGACCUUCAGAGAAGCCAGCAUUUCCAUCAUGUCCCUAUUUAUUCCAGGUUUAGGACAUGAGAGACUUUGGGAAGAUUCCCCUUGGAUGAGCUUUAAGAUGCUCUCUUGGUUGAGGUAAAUUAUUUCACUCCUGAAAGGGAGAACUCAUUCUCUCUGGGUAUGGUCUGGUAUGUAAUCUUGUUGUCUGGUAUAGAAUCUCAUAUGUAUACUUUCUCUGACUUCUGAUGACUAUAUUUUGAAUAAAUGAGUUUAUCUGCUA